AAUUAAUUAAUUAAGCAGAAGAAUCACACAUAAAAAAACUCAAAAUCGAAGUAACAAUCGAGCUUUUCCAAACCAAAACUGCGAAAGAUGAAGACGAUGAUGGGAUUGAGAUCCUUAUUCCGAUCACUCAACUCUUCCAGAUCUUACUCUUCCCGUGCCUUCGCCGCCACCGCCGCCGCCACCGCCACCACCAACAACCUUCGAACCCUUUCUUCCCCCCGCUUUCUCAAUCCUCUCUCUCCCUCCUCGGAAUGCAGGUCUCCUUUCUCGAAUGGCGUAGGAAGCUUGCGAUUUUAUAGCGAAGAUGUGAGUCAUGUGCCUGAGAUUAAGGAUGCUGAGCUUUACAGUGUUUUCAAGGAUUUGUUGGCUGAAAAUUGGAGUGAUAUUUCAGAUGCUGUUGUGUCUGAUGCUAAGCAUGCGUUGGCAAAAAGUACAGCAGAUGAAGCUGGUAAGGAGGUUGUGACCAAUGUGUUCCGUGCCGCCCAGGCUGUUGAAGAGUUCGGUGGGAUUCUUGUCACCUUGAAAAUGGAAAUUGAUGACAGCAUUGGCCUGAGCGGCGAGGAUGUAAAGCCUUUGCCUGAUCAUGUGAACAAAGCUCUGCAUACAAUUUUUGAUCGCUACACCACCUAUCUGAAUGCUUUUGGUCCUGAGGAGAACUAUCUGCGAAAGAAAGUGGAGUCGGAAUUGGGUACAAAGAUGAUUCACUUGAAAAUGAGAUGCAGUGGCCUUGGUUCUGAGUGGGGAAAGGUUACGGUUCUUGGAACUUCCGGACUUGCGGGUUCAUAUGUUGAGCAAAGAGCAUAGAAGAAAUAUUUUAGAAACAGUGCAUGUAAUGUAAUUGUUUGUUUUUUGUUUUUCUGAUGUAAUGUCCCUGAUGCCUGGAGACCCUUCUAUUCCUCUUCUCCUGACUUCUUUUUUUGUUGUCGAGCUUAUAAUCAAUCGCAAGGAAAUAAUAGCUUUUAACUGUCAGGUGGGAAUGUUUUCCAUCAUUUUCAAUGUCAUUUCCCAUAAGCUGUAAAUGCUGGGGGAAAUUUUUAGGACUUGUAUAUUUUUCCAAUAAUAUGAAAAUAACAGAUCAGGAGGUUGGUUAAUUA